GGACGCUCCCACAGACCUGCAGACAGUGGAGCUGACGGACGAGAGCAUCACUCUCCAGUGGAAGAACAGCCAGGCUCAGGUGAACAACUACCGCAUCAAGUAUGGACCUCUGUCUGGAGGUGAGCAUGGAGAGCUGCUCUUCCCCCCAGGACCCAAGGACAGCACCCAGGCCAAGAUCAGCGGCCUGAGACCUGGCACAGAGUAUGGGAUGGGUGUGACAGCGGUGAAAGAUGAGCGGGAGAGUCUGCCGACGACCACCAACACAGUGACUGCCCUGGAUGCUCCCAAGGACCUGACCGUUGCAGAGGUGACAGAGACCACCAUGUUGCUGGAGUGGAAACACCCCCUGGCCAAACUGGACUCUUUCAGACUGGUGUAUUUAUCUGCCGAUGGCCACAGGACUGAGGUCAUGGUCCCUGGCACCUCAGAGUCUUACACCCUGAGGGGCCUUACACCUGGCAUGCUGUACACCAUCAGCAUCACUGCCGAAAGGGGUCGCAGGGCCAGUGCACCCACCACAAUCUCAGCACCCACAGAGGAGGAGAAGCCUGUGGUGACCAACGUCACCAUAAGCCAAGUAUCGUGGGACAGCUUCCUCCUGUCCUGGUCUGCCGAGGAUGGGGCCUUCCAGGCCUUUUUGAUUGAGGUUACUGACGCAGAGACGGGCAUUGAGUGGCAAAACCACACAGUGCCCGCUGAUGCUCUGAGCCUCACAAUCUCUGGCCUCUCCCCCACCACCUGGUACAGGGCCAAUCUGUACGGGUUGUACAGGGGGGCCUUCUUAGACCCUGUCUUUGCUGAGACCAUCACAGAGGCCGAACCAGAGGUGCAGGCUCUCCUAGUCUCCAAUGUCACCCCUGAGAGCUUUAGGCUGGCCUGGAUGACUGAAGAGGAUGCCUUUGACACCUUUGUCAUAAUGGUCAGCCAGGAAGAGGGCCCAGGUCAACCAAGAGAGCUAGUGCUGGGUGGCGAGGAGCGAAGCACAACCAUCACAGAUCUCAUUGAGGACACUGAGUAUAAAAUCGAAAUCUUUGGGCUCAUUUUGGGAAGAAGCUCCAAGUCUGUAAUGGAGGGGGUGAGAACAGACCUGGGCUCACCCAAGGGCAUCCGCUUCUCUGAUGUCACCGACACGUCGGCCACCGUUCACUGGGUGGUUCCAAGAGCUCGGGUGGACAGCUACAGGGUCACUUAUGUGCCCGCCCAUGGAGGUAAUGAUAAGACACUGGCAGUGGAUGGCUCCGAGUCUCAGACUGUACUGCCCAACCUGACCCCUGGGGUCACAUAUGAGGUCACUGUUGUCUCUAUCAAGGGUCAAAGGGAGAGUGAGCCAGGAUCAGACAGCAUCACCACAGCUCUGGAUAAGCCCCGUGGUCUGACUGCAGUCAACAUCACAGACACUGAAGCUCUGCUGCUCUGGCAGCCCGCCAUAGCCACCGUAGAUGGCUACGUCAUCACCUACAGUGCAGACUCAG